ACGUGGCCGCCCCAUCCCGGUGCGCCCGGGGGCAGCUGGAUCCGGGUGCCGGCCACGCCGUCCCAUCUUCUCUUCUCUCUCCCCCGCGCUGUCAGGGGCCCCGGGCAGCGCGAAGGAGAACCCGCCCAGCGCUGUUCGCAGCCCCGCACGAAGGGGUGGGCAGCCGGGUGCAGCGCUCGGCCAGGAGAUUUCAACUAUCGUGAGACAAAAGUUUUGCAGAAAUGACCUCUUGUCAAGUCACUUUUGAAGUAAGAGGAUCAUCAGCAGCAGGAGAGGUUUUUGCAAUAUGCGGGAGCUGCAGUGCUUUGGGAAAUUGGAAUCCCCAAGCCGCAGUGGUCCUCCAGCCUGGGGAUAUCACACGUGACAAAACAUGGAAAGCUACCGUAGAGCUUCCAAGAGGAGUUCCUGUUCAGUAUCGGUAUUUUAAAGGAUACUUUCUAGAACCUGAGGUAUUUGCACGGCUUGGAGGGAAAAAUAACACCCAAGAGACAGAGACAGAUGUGUUUUUACAGACUAUCGAUGGUCCCUGCGAAGUCAUAGUUCACACGUGGGAGACUCAUCUACAACCACGAUCAAUUACCCCUUUAGAAAAUGAAAUUACUGUCGACGAUGGAGACUUUGGAAUCUGUAAUGGUAUUGAAACUGUGGAUGCUGGGUGGCUGACAUGUCAGACAGAAAUAAGGCUACGUCUGCAUUAUUCUGAGAAACCCCCUGUACUGAUAUCUAAGAAGAAAUUUAAAACAUCAAGGUUUAGAGUAAAAUUAACCCUAGAAGGCCUAGAGAAGGAUGAUGACGAAGAGGGCCAAGAGAAGACAUCCCCUACUGUCCCUCAGAAAAUGGCAAACACUGUGGAGUUCUCCUUAAUCAGUGACGACGACUACAAAUGUCGGCACUCUCAGCCAGACUGCGGCUAUGCUUUGCAGCCAGACCGGUGGAUAGAAUACACAAUACAAACCAUGGAGCCUGAUAACUUGGAAUUAAUAUUUGAUUUUUUUGAGGAAGAUUUAGGUGAGAAAGUAGUACAAGAUGAUGUGCUCCCAGGUCAUGUAGGCUCUGCCUGCCUCCUGUCAUCCACAAUUGCAGAACUCGGAAAGAGUGCUGGAAUUCUUACACUUGCUAUUAUGAGCAGAAAUCCAAGGAAGACAAUUGGAAAAGUUAGAGUGGACUACAUAAUAAUUAAACCAAUCCAGGGAUACACUUGUGAUAUGCAGGCUUCAUAUGCAAAAUACUGGAAACCAAGGACAACUCUGGAUGUUGGACACAGGGGAGCAGGGAAUUCUACAACAACAGCCAAGCUUGCUAAAGUUCAAGAGAAUACCAUUGCAUCCUUGAAGAGUGCUGCCAGUCAUGGAGCAGCAUAUGUGGAAUUUGAUGUACAUCUUUCUAAAGAUCAUGUGCCUAUAGUAUACCACGAUCUCACGUGUUGCAUGGCCAUGAAAAAGAAACUGGACACAGAGCCUUUGGAACUGUUUGAGAUUGCAGUCAAAGAACUCACAUUUGAUCAGCUGCAGUUAUUAAAGCUGGCUCACGUGACGGCCCUGAAAGUAAAAGAUCACAAUGCAUCUUUUAAAGAGGAAGAGAACUCUGCUUGUGAGACACAGCCAUUUCCUUCUCUGCAAAGAGUGCUGGAGUCUGUUUCUAAAGAUGUUGGGUUCAACAUAGAAAUAAAAUGGAUCUCCCAGCAAAGGGAUGGACAAUGGGAUGGCAACUUGUCAACUUACUUUGACAUGAACCUUUUUCUAGAUAUUAUUCUGAAAACUGUUUUGAUGAAUGCUGGAGGAAGAAGAAUUGUGUUUUCUUCUUUUCAUGCAGAUAUUUGUACAAUGAUCCGGCAUAAGCAAAACAAGUAUCCUGUGUUGUUUCUCACUCAAGGGGAAUCUAAACUCUAUCCAGAGCUUAUGGAUCUCAGAUCUCGCACAACUCCGAUUGCCAUUAACUUUGCACAGUUUGAAAACUUGCUGGGAAUUAAUGUGCACUCUGAAGAUCUGCUGAGGAAUCCAGCGUUUAUCAAACGGGCCAUAUCCAAAGGCCUGGUUAUUUUUUCAUGGGGUGAUGAUGCAAAUGACCCGGAUAACAGGAAGAAGUUGAGAGAAUAUGGUGUUCAUGGGCUAAUAUAUGACAGGAUAUACGACUCAAAUCCUGAACAACCGAAUAUAUUCCAGGUGGAGCAGCUGGAACGUCUCAAGAAAGAGCUGCCGGAGUUGAAAAGCUGUGUGUGUCCUUCAGUUAGCCACUUCAAAUCCAUAGCUCCAUGUAAAUGCCAUCAUAGUUACCUGGAAGAGAAAGCUGUAGAUAACUUGAAGAGUGUUCAGAUGCAAAAGGACUAAUUUUAGGCAGAAUGCUGUUUUGUAUCUAUGGAAUUUUCACCAUUGGAAUAGUUCUGUCUAUGCUUUCAGGUUGGUUUGUUUUAAUUUUAAGUCUUCAAAUAGCAAUAACUAUGUUCCUCCUUCCUAGCAGUACUUAGUAAAAUUUCAAACAAUGUUAAAAUAUUCAGCCGGUUACAGUUAUUGUUCCAAUUUACAUAUACAGUUUUAACUUUUCCCUCAAAUCAUCUCAAAUCUUGAAAAAGUAUCACUAGUGCUUUUAAAAGACAAAAAUUAAUUAAGCGGUCUCAGUAGUGAAAGCUCAGAAACUAAACUGUAGAGAAAUUACAAUAAUCUGAUAUUGAAUAUGCUGAAAAUUUGUUUUAACUUUGAUUUUACUUACAGGCUGACAAGCUGUAGCGUUUGUCUGACAGCAGGAAAUUAAAAGAGUGAUUUUUAAGAUACUUACAAAUAGAUCUGGCCUAUAAAAACAUCUGAACGAAUUGGUACCUCAUGUAUAUGUAUUUGCACUGGUAGAUCCACCUGUAUACAAAGCUUUGUGCCAUUUUAAAGUAUUUAUUUAUUUUUUAGUAAACUGCAGCUCAUUUUUCCCCAUUUCAUUGAACAUUCAGGCUGCUGCCUUUGUUUCCUUAGCUCUCAGUUCAGUGGUACAGUGCCUGUGUUACAGCAGUCAAGGGGGAACCACGAGUACAGGUUUUUCAUUAAUUGCACACAGGCCUGCUAAACUUUAAAAAUGUUGCUAAUAAUCUUCACAGAAUUACAGGAGUAUCUUCAGUGGUCGAGAAUCUUUUUUGCACAGUAACCUUAACGAACAGAGUAUGUACCCUGCACAAACUCUACAAAAUGCAUGCUUUAUCUAUUAAGCAUGAAAUUUAGGUGUUUGCUGAGGUCCUUGCAUCUUUAUGGUGCUAGUUAUGUGUGAAGGGUGCAAGGACCAAUUCAACAACUUAAUCUCCUUUGCCUGAGAAACCACAAGCCUGUUAUCACAAACAUUUGGAGAAGAGGCUACACCAUAUGUGGUUUGUCUUACUUACAUAAUGCAAGCUACUGGCUUUUGUAUUUUGCAAGAUUUUUGGCUUUUACCAUAGAGCAAGAAUCACAAAUGUACUGAAUUCAGAUAAUCAGUAUUCUGUUGGCUGGUAUCUAUCCUCUGUAAUUUAUUACAAAGUCAUAGUUCAGAGUUCUUAAUAGAUAAGUAUGCAUGUCCUUUCACCUCCUGACGUUGCAGGUCAUGCCAAACACAACAGCUGUAACUUUCUACUGAAGUGUUAAUGUAUAAUAAGAAUGGAAAAUAUUUAUUUUUUUUCUCUUGUAAAUUGACAAUGAAAACAAUAGUAUGUACUAUAUUCUUUAUAUACAGUCAUUGCUACAUAUAGAUCUGAUUGUACAAAGAGUAAAGCCAUUGCAAAUAAGUGCUUGAGUCUGCACUGCUGAGCAGUUUGAAACCGCUUGUUUUGACUUGUGCAUUUUAGUAUUUAAAGUUUGUUUGUCCUGCACAAACAGCACAGUAGUGAUUAGGUAUCUGGAAGCCUUCUUUUAUUAAAAAAACAAACAAAAAUGCAAAACAACCCUAAACCAAAA